GAGAAUCAAGCUCACAAUCAGAUGCCGACCUCACAGCUCAAGGCUUCAAAAAUACCUUGCCACCCUAGCAUUGAAACCCAGGAUUCCAAGGCAGAGGAGAAGUCACCAAAGAAGCACAAGGUGCCUCUGACAGCAGCAGUCUUUUUCACACAGAGGCCCUAAAGCUUUUUAAGAACCAGCUCUCUCCGUAUGAGCAAAGUGAAAUCCUGGGCUACACGGAGCUAUGGUUCCUGGGGCUUGAAGCCAAGAAGCUCAACGUGGCUCCUAAGAAAUUCAGCAAGACGAGUUUUGAUGAUGAGCAUGGCUCCUAUCUGAAGGUCCUGCAUGACCACAUUGCCUACCGCUAUGAGGUUCUGGAGAUGAUCGGGAAGGGGUCGUUUGGACAGGUGGCCAAGUGCUUGGAUCACAAAAACAAUGAGCUGGUGGCCCUGAAAAUCAUCAAGAACAAGAAGAGAUUUCACCAGCAGGCCCUGGUGGAGCUGAAGAUCCUGGAAGCUCUCAGAAGGAAGGACAAAGACAACAUCUACAACGUGGUGCACAUGAAGGACUUUUUCUACUUUCGCAAUCACUUCUGCAUCACCUUUGAACUCCUGGGAAUCAACUUGUACGAGCUGAUGAAGAAUAACAGCUUUCAAGGCUUCAGUCUGUCAAUAGUUCGGCGCUUCACUGUCUCUGUUUUGAAGUGCUUGCAAAUGCUUUCCGUAGAGAAAAUCAUUCACUGCGAUCUCAAGCCCGAAAAUAUAGUGCUAUACCAAAAGGGCCAAAUCUCUGUCAAAGUCAUUGACUUUGGAUCAAGCUGUUAUGAAAACCAGAAAGAAUACACGUAUAUCCAAAGCCGGUUCUACCGAUCCCCAGAGGUGAUCCUGGGCCACCCCUACGACAUGGCCAUUGACAUGUGGAGCCUGGGCUGCAUCAUGGCAGAGUUGUACACGGGCUACCCCCUGUUCCCUGGGGAGAAUGAGGUGGAGCAGCUGGCCUGCAUCAUGGAGGUGCUGGGCCUGCCGCCAGCCCGCUUCAUUCAGACGGCCUCCAGGAGACAGACGUUCUUCGAUUCCAAAGGCUUGCCUAAAAGUAUAACCAACAACAGGGGGAAGAAAAGAUACCCAGACUCCAAGGACCUCAUGUUGGUGCUGAAAACCUAUGACACCAGCUUCCUGGACUUUCUCAGAAGGUGUUUGGUAUGGGAACCUUCUCUUCGCAUGACCCCGGACCAGGCCCUCAAGCAUGCUUGGAUUCAUCAGUCUAGGAACCUCAAGCCCCAGCCCAGGCCCCAGACCCUGAGGAAAUCCGGUUUCGUUUUCUCCUCUGAGACAAGGAAGAACAAGGUUCAAGGCCAUUAUCACUCGAGCAAAAAAGCAGAUGAGAUCACCAGAGAGACUAUAGACAAAACAAAAGAUGGCCCCAUGAGGCAUAUUCAGCAUUCAGGUGAUCAGCGGGACCCUCUCCAGCACACAGCUGACACUGUUCAGCUGCCUCCACUGGUAGAAGCUCUCCCGAAGUCAGAGGCAGCUGUUGGGGCAGAAGUGUCCAUGACCUCCACAGGACAGAGCAAAAAUUCCUCCCCAAAGAACACAAACAUUUUACCCCCCAUUGUAUGACCUUUGCUGAGGGUGUGUCCUGCUCCUUUCCACCAGUGAUUUGUAUUGACAGCACUUACAUUGGACAAUACUUCAGACUGUUGCUUUUUAAUACAGAAAAGUUUAUUUAAAAAAA